AUGAUUUUUGCAGAAAAUAUGUCCAUCACUCAUCACAAGAAGUUAACGUUUCGGAAGCUUUCAAGUGUCGACCAUCUCAUUUCAAUUGCUUCUUUUAUAGAUCAAUUGCUUUUCGAAAUUGAUUUUAAUGGUCGUAUUAAAUUUUGUUCAUUGAUUCUCAGAAGCAGAAACGAGCCCAAACAAGCAAUUUUGCGCGCAAGCUUACCUUCUUAUGCAAAUGAGGCCAAAACAUUAACAACACCCUCGAAUAAAAAAAAGAGUUGCGGAUCGAUUCCACUGCAUCAUGGUUUGAUUCCUAUAUCCACAUCAUUAGCUAGAAAUUACAUCGAAUCUACAUGCUAUGCUGUUCAACAAGAAAGUAAUCAAGAACUAACGACUCACUACUUUGUAUUAAUAUGGAUAAGUAUGACUAGAAAAUGA